AUGAAAGUAUACACCGUCACUGGUGAUUUGAAGUGUAGAAAGAACGACUUCCAUGAUGUGCAUAUCAUUGAUAACAAAGUCACUGACGCGCAAUGCCCUGGAAAAGAUGAUUCGCAAAUGUAUAUUACUACUGUUCUUGAUCCGCUCGACAAGAAUAGGAUUCGCUACUAUGACACCACUGAUAUACGAAGUUGGAAGAUGGUUCACGAGAUCCACGCUGACUGGGAGUAUGCAACAGAUGGACUUGGCAACGUUCGGUAA